AUGGACUCGUCGCGUCGCGCCUCGGCCAAAAAUGGCACGACUAACGGUUCUGCUACCACCAGAAAGCCCAGCACCAGAGUUAAGAAUGUGGUCGACUAUGAUGAGAAGCGGGCUUUUGUAGAACUUGCCGACGAGACCAGUUCCAAGCCAAUCAACCCGGGUUUGAGCGAACUCGAGGAGCGCGUUAAUGACCUCAGCGAGUCGUGGGAAACCGAGUCUCUUUUUCAGGAUGCUCUCGAAGACCUGGCCGAGGAUCGCUUCUUCACCGAUGAUCCUGAUGCCUGCACCCCGGAUGAGGCGACCAAGUUUCGCCAACUCCUGCGGUCCAUUGGUCCCACCGUCUUUUGUGAGAGAACCAUCGGUUCUGGCCUUAUCAGCGCCAAGAAACUACUCACUGCCUUUGGCAUCCGCCCGCCCGCCUUUCUUGAGGGCGCCGAGGAUGAAGCUUAUUACUCUCUACUGAGCCUCGCGCUUAGCCGUGAGCUUUCCAAGCGGGCCAAGCUGCCCAAGUACAACUCGGUCGAUGACGCGGUAGACCUCCUCAAGAAGUCCAAGAACAUCGUCGUCCUCACCGGUGCCGGCAUCUCCACCUCGCUCGGCAUCCCUGACUUCCGUUCCAAGGGUACGGGCUUGUACUCCAAGCUCGAGCAUCUCGGCCUGAGCGACCCCCAAGAAGUCUUCGAUAUCACCGUUUUCCGCCAAGAUCCUACCAUCUUCUACUCGGUCGCGCGCGACAUCCUCCCCAGCCAUGACCGCUUCUCGCCGACGCAUGCCUUCAUCGCGCUGCUGCAAAACAAAGGCAAGCUCCUCACCAACUACUCCCAAAACAUCGACAAUCUCGAGGCCAAGGCCGGCAUCCUCCCAGAGAAGCUAGUCCAAUGCCACGGCUCCUUCGCGACGGCCUCCUGCGUCAAGUGCGGCCACCGCGUCCCCGGCGAGUCGCUCUUCGCCGAGAUCAAGGCGGGCGAUAUCCCGCGGUGCCGCAAAUGUGCGCAGGGCAGCCGCACGACAUCCAACAGCAGCAACGCGAACGGGCGCAAGCGUAAGGUGCAGCGGGACGGGACCGACAAGAAGCCGCGGCGGCGGCCGGGGGACUACGACUCCAACUCGGACUCGGAGUUCGACGCCGUGCCCACCAACUGGUCGUGCGGCGUCAUGAAGCCCGACAUCACCUUCUUCGGCGAGCCCCUGCCGGACGAGUUCUCGCGCCGCCUCACCGAGCACGACCGCGACCUCGUCGACCUCGUCAUCGUCAUCGGCACCAGCCUCAAGGUCGCCCCCGUCAGCGAGGUCGUCCCCUUCCUCCCCGCCCACGUGCCCCAGCUCUACAUCAGCCGCACCCCCGUCUCCCACGUCAACUUUGAUAUCGACCUGCUGGGUGAUUGUGACGUGGUUGUGGCUGAGCUCUGCCGCCGUGCCGGCUGGGAUCUCGACCACGAGAUGGUGCCCGAGGGUCAGGUUGUGGAAACGACCCCGUCUGAGGGCUGGGGUAGUCGGCAUGUCUUUACUCAGGUUGUGCCUGCUCCGCCGACGCCUAGUGAGGAGAAGGUUGAUGGUAAGGCUCAGGCCAAGGUGAAGGCCGAGGCUGAGGCUAAGGGGGGGGAAGAAGAAAAGGAGAAGGAGGAGGAGCAGCAGAAGAAAGACGAGAGGAGGGAGAGGAGGGAGAGGAGAUCGACGUGA